CUCCCACAGCUGCAGCCCCAGUGAUGAGGAGGGAGGAAGGGACAGAAGUUUUACCUAAACUAUUGUCUCCCCGUGUCAGCGGCCGCAGCUCCAGAUGACAGGACGGCUGGAGGAUGGAUGAGGCCGCUCCCAGUCCUGUGUUCGCGGCCCAAUCACCGGCGGCGGCUGACCGGAGCCAAUCCGGGAGCUGUUUACAUGGAGCGCGGCCGGGGCUCAGCCUUGUCCUGAUUGUGGAGCUGGGAGGAAACCGCACCGGGUGCCCGUCUCACUGCGUCCUGCUCUACAACAAAGGAGGAGAAGUGGGGACACAAUGAAUCUAGAAAAACUCAGCAAACCAGAAUUGCUGACACUGCUGAGCAUUUUAGAAGGGGAGCUGGAAGCCAGGGAGCUUGUGAUCGAGGCAAUAAAGGCACAGCAUAAAGACCGAUUCAUUGAGGAGCGCUAUGGCAAAUACAACAUCAGCGACCCCUUGCUUGCCCUCCAGAGGGAUUAUGAGAUCCUCAAGGAAGAUAAUCAUGGACAGAAACCCCCUCCGGUGUGCUCCAAUCCCUUGUUCAUCUUGAGUGAAGUGAUGAAGCAAUGCAAGACAAUGCAGGAGCGGAUGCUGGCUCAAUUGGCUGCAGCUGAGAGCAGACACAGAAAGGUUAUCCUUGACUUGGAAGAAGAACGCAGGAGACAUGCUCAGGAUGCAGCCGAUGGGGAUGAUGUCACAUACAUGCUAGAGAAAGAGAGGGAGCGACUAGCUCAGCAGUUGGACUUUGAAAAAUCACAAGUGAAGAAGCUUGAAAAGAAACAGAAGGAAUUAUCAGCUCAGCUAGAAGACGAGAAGGCCCGUCACAAAAAACUAUCCACAGUUCUUUUGAAAGAAUGCACAAAAGCAAAUAAUAGAGCGGCGGAGGAAGGACAAAGGGUGGAAGAUGUCAACAUAAAGCUGGAGAAGGCUAGGACCAAGGUCAGUCAGCUAGAAGAAGAGCUAGCUCUUGAGAAAAAACGUAGCCUUCAGAUGGAAGCCCAGGUGGAGAAGCAGCUUUCAGAGUUUGAUAUUGAACGGGAACAACUAAGGGCCAAGCUCAAUCGAGAAGAAAAUCGCACCAAAGCUCUAAAAGAGGAGCUAGAGUCCUUGAAGAAAUUUAUAAAGGACAUGUCCGCUGAUGACAAAGACACCUCUGCAAAGUCUAACAAGGAAAUGGCAUCUAGUGUAAUGGUGUCUGCAGAGAAGCCAGAGGUUUCAUCUGUAUCUUGUCAGACAGAAAAUGUCCAAGAAAAGAUUAGUACUGAUGCUUUACCAAAAGCUCAUAUUUCCUUGUCAACACCUAGUAAAAUUCCUCAGCCUUAUUCGAAAAUAAAUGGACAUUGUGGUGCUACAACCCAGAGUAAUGAACAUGCCCUAAAGUUGAAUGUUGGGGAGGGUCAUAAAGAGAAAGUGGCAAAUUACGACAGUUCAUCUGAAAAUGGAGGUUCACCUGUCAGAGUGGAAUCUCCUCUACACAUGAUAACACAUGUUCCUUCUAGUGGAGCUUCCUCCUCUCCCAGCAGUACUGCAGCCUCUUCCUUAACAUCCUCUCCAUGCUCCUCUCCCGUUCUCUCAAGACGUCUGAUUGGUGCCACUGGUAGUCCUGGUUACCAGUCACCUUAUCAGGCUGGCAUCAACCAACGAUUUCAUGCUGCCCGGCACAAGUUUCAGUCUCAAGCUGAACAUGAUCAGCAUGUUUCUGGACUGCAAAGCCCACCUUCUAGGGACUUGUCUCCAACCUUGGCAGAUAACUCUGCAGCCAAGCAGCUUGCUCGCAAUACAGUCACUCAGGUCUUGUCACGUUUUACCAGCCAGCAGACCUCUGGUAAAUCUGUGCCUCCCAAUAGCUCACCCUUUGGUACAGACUAUAGAAACCUUGCCAAUUCCUCCAGCCAAAAGAAUGAUGGGAGCCUCUCUCCAAAUCCUUUGAAAGUUUCCAGUCCUCUCAGUCCUGUAUCUCCAGGAAUAAAAUCCCCUACCAUAUCACGGGUGGAAAGAGGAAACCCCCCACCCAUCCCUCCAAAGAAGCCUGGUCUGGCCCAGUCCCCUGCAUCUCCUAUCCCACCAGCCAAAGCACCAACCAUACCCUCAUCACUGGCAGCUUCAGUGGAUGUAUCCAGUAACCACUGCUCCAACAAUGGCAUUAUAACAAAUGGGAAGGACAUUGAAGUAAUGUUACCGUCUGGUAGCUAGUUUUGUUAGAUAUUUGGACUUUAAGACGCUGUCAACUCUGGCAGUGCAUACCUGAAUAAUCUAUACUGUCUAGACGAUCAAACUUAUUUAUUUUGCUAGUAGAAAAUAUAGUAUAUUAUAUGUAGCGUCUGUUUUUCUUAUUUCGAUUUUGUAGCCCAAUUACAAAUUUUAGUCUUAUGUUAAAAGGGCAAAGGAAUACUUCACUUCUCUUCUGUUUUGUUACUCAGAAGAUGAGACUUGAAGGUGACCUGUCGCUUUUGUGUAAAGUCAACAAUUCCAUGAGCUUCACAUCCAAGAUGAUGUCCAAUGAUAGGAAAAUUGGUGCUUGCUGUUCAAGAUUCAGAUUCACCAUAACCGAUUAAGGAAUACUUAAAAUAUGACCUGUUGGCAAUCAAGCUUUAUUCCCUAUGGCUGCUUUUCAUUUUUUAUAUAUCAUUUUUAUUUCUUACUAUUGUAGAAUUACAGCACUUCUGUCAAUAAGUUCGGGUGGCCUUCCGGGUAGCAUGAAUUGUUAUGACAAAAAAGUUUCUUAAAUUAUGCUUAUUCUUAGGCUUAGAUCACCUUUUCGCUUUUUGAACAUGGUUUGUAAACCAAAAGGAAUAUUCCCAGUCCUCGGGGGCAAACUGUGUGAAAUGACACAAAGGGACGAGAAGCAGCUGACCACGAAUAGUAUUGUAGAAUAUAUUUUAACUGUUUAAGUUCCUCCCCAUAACAGAAUUACUGUAAUGCCUUUUUUUUUGUUUUUAGAUUUUUUGGACUGCCAAAAAUAUAUAACAAAACAAAAUCUGAAGGUGUUAAGCAAAAGACAGUAAGAAACACUAUCAUAGCAAGUAAUUGUGCCAAGAUUCUUGCACUCAACGGAAAGGGAACAUCAGCAUUUUACUGUAACAAAGCACAAUAUUACCUCUAGUUACAGCUUUUCUGAUAAGUGGCAAUUGCCAUCCAUCAUGUAUUUUAUAUAAUGCCAGAUGGUUUGGUGCUUUUAUAAAGCAGAUUCAGCACUCAAAAAUUUGGGUUAUUUACACUUUGCGACGUAAAGAGUAUUUUCUGCUGUAAUUUUCUCUGGCUCAGCAAAAAGGAACCAACGUAAAAUACUAAAGAAAUGAUGUUUGCCAUUAAUGUCACUAAUGGUGGCUAGUCAAUUCUUAGUUCGCAUAGGAAGGUUAGAUGAUGAAAUGUUGGAAUGUCAAGUUACCAAGUGGUUGGUUUUAUUCUUUUAAUGGCACAGUGGACAGUCUCCUUACAUAGCUAAGUAUAUAAAAGGUUAUGUAACGAGACUGGGCGAAAGCUGAGCAGAGGGAGUUAAUUCACAGGUUCUUAAGAAGUUAAUACUGAGCAUUCUAGGUUUGACUAGCCUGCCUUAUCUAUAUGUGAUUUAGUUGGUGUAUAUGGUUGGCGCAGUAACCAAGUUGUAAAGAAAUGUUUUCUUUUAGUCUUAGGCUAGGUUCACGCUGCAGUGUACAUCCGACCCAUUAAGGGUCCCAUCGGCUAUUUUUAUUUCUUGAGCCGAUCCGACCCUGAAGCGGGUCGGAUGCAAAAGGCUACUGCCCGGCAGACCCCAUUCACUGGCAUGGGGUCCAUCGGUGAUCCAGUAAUUUUACAGGAGUUUAGCGGAGAAAUAAAAUAUUUUUUUAUGUCGGCAUAACUUGAAAGAACUGCCGACGGAGCUCAACCUAACAGAACCCGACGGCAAUGUGAACGAGGCCUUAUUUGGGAAUCUUUAGGAAAUCUUUAGGGAAUCUUUAACAUAAACAAUUUAGGAAUUUUUAUAGAUGACAUCUAGGUGAUUCUGAAGUUUGGGAGCUCUGAACUAGUUAUAAAUUGAAAGAGAACAUAUCGGGUCCUCAGAGCCUUACAUACUGGCCCUGGGAUCCGACCGGUGAGGGGGAGCAGGGUUCCAACUCUGUUCUCCUCAGCUCUCUGUGAUGCAGCUGAAAACUAAAAAACAAGUUUUAUAUCUGACCAUGUCUGUUUUCCAGUCACAGCAGCGGCUUCACAUUCACUGCACCUUCUCCUGCCCAGACUGGUGUGAUUGACAGCCUGAAUACAACGAGACGCUCUGUAUGGACGGCUGUCUAUCAAACCUGAUUAGGAGCAUGGUACAGCUGCUGCUGUGCUAGUUUUCAGCUUUUUUUGGCAUGGCAGAGAGCUGAGGAGAACAAAGUUGGAAAGCUGCUCUCCUGACCGAUCAGGUCCCAAGGCUGGUGUGUGUAUGGCCCAGAGGACCCACGAAAUUUACUUUAAAGACUUUAUGGGAUUUACAUAAUCUCUAUAGUUUAAGUGAAAUUCUCUAAAUGCCAUAUUUAAAUGGCAGCAAGAAUAUAUGAGCCCUUUUUAUUCUUUAAGGCUAUGGAUACCUUUUGGCAUGGAAAACAAUUAUUUUAACAUCUGUGGUUACUUUAAGUUAAAUAUGUUUUAUGAAGUGUAAGUCUGCAAUCCGUAUUCCUCCAUUUAUUGUUAUACCUACCCUGUUAUUCAGUUUGCAGCCAGGUUCAGAUUCUUCUCAUGUGGAUGUGUCCUCCCAGUAAUAGAUUUUGGGUAUGAGAGUUGUAUGUUCAGGAGGCCUCAGUUUUUUGUGGCUGCAAUGCUUUCUCUCUGUACUUGUGCACAACUCAUGUUAUGUUAUUCUGUCCUGCAAACUGCCUUAGUUUUUUCCUUCUUAUCUACAACCUGUGUAAGCUGCCCUUCAUGUAUGCUCUCCCAUCUCCCAACACUCUUGUUCUGCUGUGCAACCCCCUUUCCUUUUCUUUUGUAAUCUCUAGCAUUAAAUGAAGGGGAGUCAGAAGAAAGGUUUUGAUUAAAAGCUGAGAGAUUUGUUAAGCAAAUAUUAAUGAAGACUAUUUAGAAAGGGAAAAAAGUGUCCAUACCCUUGAAUUUAUUUUUUCACCUAAAAAUAUGUAUAAAUAUAGUGCAUUCCAAUACAUUCAUUUGGGGUCAAGUAGUAGUAUUCUAAUAACACCUUUACUCAAUCCUUUGGGUAUUCAUGCGCCAGAGCUGGUUUAGAUUCAAGGCAAACUGUGGCAGUAACCCUUGCAUAAAAAAAUUAAGUCCAGUUAUACCGUAACCCUGUCGUAAGACUUCAUUUUUUUGCACUACUGCUUAUUGCACUGGAACUAAGAGCGAAUUGUACAAUAAUGUCCCUGCCCAGCCAUAAUGUGCCUUAAAAUAGUAUUAAAUUACCAAUUAAUGCAGGUUGAGGACAUCCUAUAUAGAUACAAUACUGGACACAGAGGCAGUGAAUGGCUGCGUGAACAAUGCACACAUAGUGUUGUUGUUGACCCUCAUCUGCUCAAAACUGUUAUUUAAAUGUAUUAAUAAGCAAUGCAUAUGCUUGUUAUGCAUUCUUACAUUUUAGCGGAUCUAUAAAAUCGUGUACCUUUUUAGGAGUGAUCAGAGAAUACCCUAGAUAUGUAGUUUGAAUCUGUAUUCAUACGCCAUAAAGGUGUAGAAAAAAGGCCUCUAUCUUCGGCACUGCUGGUCUCCCAAGUGUGGAAAAUAUCCAGGCGAGAGAAGAAUAGAGAUCAAGGAGUAUUUAUUGUCAUAGAGACACACAUAGUAACAGAAUAACAUUGUUUCCGGACUACGCUUCUUCCCUUUUUCAAUUCAGUACUAUUCCUUUUCUUUGUCAUCCUAACUAAGGGAUUUAGCGUUAAUUGGGUAACUCGCCAUUCCCUCCCCUCUACUGAAUAACAGUAAUGUGUAUUAUACGUACUUGCAGAACUUAAACCCUUUUUAAAUGGAAAGUUUUAAAACGUGCACACAAUUUACUAACCUAUAACAAGUGGCAGAACAAAUCUUAUUUGUCCCAUGUUAAAAGUGACUACUUAUUUCUGGUCUGUGCUAACUAGUCACCUGAAGUUAGAAAAUGGCCUAACGAAAUGUUAAAAGGGACCUGUUUUAAAAAUUCUAAUAGCUUCAAUUUUGGACUUAUAUGGGUAAAUAGAAAUCCCGUCAGGUUGGUGUUUCAUUUUCUUAAAAGGUUUCAUAUCAAGUUCAAUUCUAGCUCUUAAGAGUCUUAUCUAGGAAUUAUGUACAUUCCAUUAAUAUUUGGAGUCCACCAUAGUGAAUAAUGUGAAAUGUGCCAGCGACCACAAGAUCUUUCAGAAAAUACUUUCUGUACCUCUUUCCAUUAACUUGGUAUGUGAUACCAAUAUAACGUAAGCGGGUCAGUAAUUGUUUUCUGCAGGUCAGCCUGUAGAUAUGUUCUUAUGUUUCUACAGGAUUUUUCCUCUAGGGGAGACUAUAACGUGAAAAUACUGCCUUUAUAUAGCUCUGAAAAAGACUAUGGAAGGUCUGUUAACAACUAGGUGCUGAGCUAUUUUUUCUUUUACAGAACACUAACUCGUAUACAUGAGUGGUCAGUUUAUGAAGUCCUUGAAAUUUCCUUAAAAUUUUAGGCUCCACUUUAUUGGCAAUGGAAUUAUAACUGAAAGAUGUUGAUCAGAAUGAAAUGUUUUGAGAAAGGGACCCGGGUGCUGCCAAAAUAAAAGCUACAACAUACCUGUCUCAAUUCCCUAUCAAUGCAGUCCCGCUGGCUCCUGGUCCUUUCUGCUUCUUCCUUUGACCAUACAGAAAAUACCUGCUUAGUCAGUCACUGGCGGGUGCGUCAUGACCAGGAGCUGGUGAGACUGCAGCUGCAGGACAGGCAAGAAUGGCUGAUUUAUUUAGGCAGACUUUUUUUUUUUUUUAGAAUUUUUGGAAUAUGUAUAAAAAUAUAAAUAUUUUUGUUAGUAAAUUAUAAUAUUUUUUGGGAGAGCCUUUUGUUAUAUUAUGCCCUUUUUGUUAUUCUUGUGUAAUUUGUGCUGCCUAUGUUAAAUACAUAAAAAGAUAAGGAUAAUGUAAGCAUAUCUAUAGAGUUUCAUUACAUUGUAUUGUAUGUUAGAAGAUGCACUGAUUCUUCAUGUAUUCCUUUUGAUAGAAAGCUUUUUUAUUUUGGUAAAUGGACCCGAACUGCCUUGUUUAAAUGGGAACUCCAGUGGAAUUUUUUUUUUUUUUUGACAAAUCAACUGGUGCCAGAAAGAUAAACAGAUUUGUAAAUUAUUUCUAUUUAAAAAUCUUAACCCUUCUAGUACUUAUCAGCUGCUAUAUACUACAGAGAAAUUUGUGAAGUUCUUUUCAGCAUGACAACAGUGCUCUCUGCUGACACCUCUGUCCAUGUCAGGACUGUCCAGAACAGGAGGUUUUCUAUGGGGAUUUGCUUCUAACCUGACAGUUCCUGAUACGGACAGAGGUGUCAGCAGAGAGCACUGUUGUCAGGCAGAAAAGAAAUUCACAAAUUU